CUCCGGUUUUACUAACAUUGGUUUGGUUUUUACGUCUUGUGGCUUUUUAAAUGAAUUAGGAGGAACACACCAGCUGAAGAAGUAAACUGGAUAAAGCAGAUAUUAUAAUAUAUCGUCUAUUAUUUGUUUUAUUUAUUUGUUUGCUGUAGCUGUUUUGCUGCUGUAGCAAUAGCACAGCACUAGCUAGUUAGCGAGCAUUAGCUAUGCGGCUAAUUGUAGCUUUUAGCGUCGCCAGUCGCUAACUGACUGAAAAUAAUGCUAUAACGUCAAUAAAUCCGACUUUAGUUGUAUCUAUGUCAGUGAUCACAGUGUUAGACAGCUACUUAAGUGUUUAAACGAUGGCGUUAACUUAGCUGCGGGCUUCCGUGCAGAUGAGUGGCCCUGAGAAAAGGUGCAUCAGCUGGAUGAGUUAGCAACAAUGUCCUGUAAAUCUACUAAAGUGGCUCCAAGUGUUGACUUCGACCACAGUUGCUCCGACAGCGUGGAAUAUCUGACUCUUAACUUUGGCCCAUUUGAGACAGUUCAUCGCUGGAGAAGACUUCCUCCAUGUGACGAGUUCGUUGGUGCAAGGCGCAGCAAGCACACUGUUGUGGCGUACAGAGAUGCCAUAUAUGUGUUUGGGGGAGACAAUGGGAAGAACAUGCUGAAUGACUUGCUCCGCUUUGAUGUGAAGGACUGCUCAUGGUGUCGGGCCUUCACCACUGGAACUCCACCUGCUCCCAGAUAUCACCACUCGGCUGUUGUUUAUGGCAGCAGCAUGUUUGUUUUUGGGGGCUACACUGGAGACAUCUACUCAAACUCAAACUUGAAAAACAAAAAUGAUCUUUUUGAGUACAAGUUUGCAACAGGACAGUGGACUGAAUGGAAAGUGGAGGGGAGCUUGCCAGUGGCACGGUCUGCACACGGGGCUACAGUCUACAGUGAUAAACUGUGGAUAUUUGCUGGCUAUGAUGGGAAUGCGAGGUUGAAUGACAUGUGGACCAUCAGCCUGCAAGAUCGAGAACACGCAUGUUGGGAGGAGAUCGAUCAGAGUGGUGAGAUUCCUCCAUCUUGCUGCAACUUCCCUGUAGCUGUAUGCAGGGACAAGAUGUUUGUGUUUUCUGGUCAGAGUGGAGCUAAGAUCACCAACAACCUCUUCCAGUUCGAGUUCAAGGGCCACAUGUGGACACGCAUCCCAACUGAACAUUUACUGCGAGGCUCACCCCCGCCUCCCCAGAGACGUUAUGGCCACACAAUGGUUGCCUUUGACCGGCAUCUGUACGUGUUUGGAGGUGCUGCUGAUAACACUCUGCCCAACGAGCUGCACUGCUAUGAUGUGGACUCUCAGACCUGGGAGGUGAUCCAACCCAGCCUGGACAGUGAGAUGCCCAGUGGGAGACUCUUCCAUGCUGCUGCUGUGAUUCAAGAUGCCAUGUACAUCUUUGGAGGGACUGUGGACAACAAUGUACGCAGUGGGGAGAUGUACAGAUUCCAGUUCUCAUGUUAUCCAAAGUGUACUCUCCACGAAGACUACGGAAAACUGUUUGAGAACCGUCAGUUCUGUGAUGUGGUGUUUAUUCUGGGAGAAAGGGAGGAGAGAGUCUUGGGGCAUAUUGCCAUAGUGACCGCAAGAUGCCAAUGGCUGCGGAAGAAAAUCCUGCAGGCUCGGGACAGGCAGCGACAGAAGACUAAACAGGAGAGCAGCGAGGAGAGUGACGAGGGGGCAACUGGAGGAACGAGGGAUAUCUCAGGAGGCAACAAGCCAUCAGGUGCACAGCCGAUGCUAGAGGUCUCAAUCAGGGAAGCAGAGGCCCAGCCUUUUGAAGUCUUGAUGCAGUUCCUCUACACAGACAAGAUCCAGUACCCGCGCAGAGGUCACGUCCAGGAUGUUCUCCUAAUCAUGGAUGUAUACAAACUGGCCCUCAGUUUUAAGCUUUCCCGCCUGGAGCAGCUCUGCGUGCAGUACAUUGAGGCGUCUGUCGACCUGCAGAACGUUCUCAGUGUUUGUGAAAAUGCCAACAAGCUGCAAUUGGACCAGCUGAAGGAACAUUGCCUUAAUUUUGUGGUGAAGGAGUCACACUUCAACCAGGUGAUCAUGACAAAGGAGUUUGAACAUUUGUCCACACCACUGAUUGUGGAGAUCGUGCGGCGAAAGCAGCAGCCUCCCCUCAGGUUGUACUCGGACCAGCCUGUGGAUAUCGGGACCUCCCUGGUGCAGGACAUGAAGGCCUACCUUGAGGGAGGCGGCCUGGAGUUCUGCGACAUUAUUCUGCUGUUAGAUGGACACCCGCGACCUGCGCAUAAAGCCAUACUGGCAGCUCGAUCCAGUUACUUCGAGGCAAUGUUCCGCUCCUUCAUGCCCGAGGACGGUCAAGUAAACAUCUCCAUCGGUGAAAUGGUUCCAAGUAAGCAGGCAUUUGAGUCUAUGCUGCGUUAUAUCUACUAUGGGGACGUCAACAUGCCUCCAGAGGAUUCACUCUAUCUCUUUGCUGCACCAUAUUAUUACGGGUUUUCAAAUAACAGGCUGCAGGCGUACUGCAAGCAGAAUCUGGAGAUGAACGUCACUGUGGAGAAUGUCCUGCAGAUCCUGGAGGCGGCGGAUAAGACCCAGGCUCUGGACAUGAAGAAACACUGCCUCCACAUUAUUGUCCACCAGUUCAUCAAGGUAUCCAAGCUCCCCAACCUGCGGUCUCUCAGCCAGCUGCUGCUGUUGGACAUCAUUGAGUCUCUAGCUACACACAUAUCAGACAAACAGUGUGCCGAGAUGGGUUCGGACAUUUAGGAUGAUGUGGAGAGCCAGGCUCUGCUCUCCUCUUACAGAAGCCAUAUAUCUCUGCUCCACUUAUUUGUAUUCAUUCCCUCUUCCCCACACACAGUACUUUUUUUUAUGUUGGACCUUGCAUGUCUCAACUCCCAUAGACUCCUUUUUUAUUUGUGCAGUAUCAAGUUGUUUUUGUGUCUCACUCUGCAUCUCAAUGAGGAGUGAAAUCAGUGAAUAAACCAGUUUCUAGCUCA